AUGCGUGCCGAAGAGGGAUUCCAGUUUGAGCGAUUCCGCGUUGGCUCACCGUGGUCCUCGGACGCUGCGCUGCGUCUGACCAUCCUGCGUCUGCUUUCGACGGGUUCUUCAGCACUGCCCGCUUCCGAGAUCGAGCGUCUCUUCAACAGCCUCGCUUCGUUCGGCGACAAGGUGGCAGGCGAGUACACCGACAUUGGCGCUACGCUCGACGGCCCGCAGCAUGAACCGACCCUCAUCCAGUACGACGCCUGGGGCCAGCGCAUCGACAAGCUCGCCACGGGCGAGGGCUGGAAGCGCCUCAAGCAGGUGAGUGCGCGCGAGGGCAUCGUUGCCGAGUCCUACCCCUCGAGCGACGCCAAGAAUGGCGGUGGCCGCGACAAGAUCGGCCCCCACGCCCGACUGUUCGCAUUCACACGCAACGUCAUGUUCGCUCCAGUGUCCAAGGUCAUCCUUUGCCCCAUCAGCAUGUCCGACGGCGCCGUUAGGGUGCUGGAGCUCUUCGGAACCGACGCACAGAAGCGCGAGAUCAUUCCACGCUUGACCACCACCGAUGCAUCCAAAGCGUGGACUGCCGGACAAUGGAUGACCGAACGCCCCGGUGGCUCGGACGUCUCGCGCACCGAGACCACCGCCACGCCCAUGCAGCCCAACAAGACAGCGGAGCCUGGAGACGAGUUUGUCAUCAACGGCUUCAAGUGGUUCUCGUCCGCCACGGACGGCGAUAUCUCGCUGGCGCUCGCGCGCACCGACACGGACCUCUCGCAGGGCUCCAAGGGCCUUUCGCUCUUCCUCAUCAAGAUCCGCGACGAUCGCACGGGCAAGCUCAACGGCAUCCGCGUCCACCGCCUCAAGAAGAAGCUCGGCACAAAGUACCUCCCGACUGCUGAGCUCGAACUCGACGGUUGCGUCGGCGAGCUCGUUGGACCGCUCGGUCGCGGUGUGGCUACGAUCUCGUCGGUGCUCAACAUCACGCGUCUCUACUCUGCGGGCGGUGCUGUGGGUGCGCUCUCGUGGGGUCUGCGAUCCGCCACCGCCUAUGCCAAAAUCCGUCCUGCCCUUGGAGGCGGUAAGCUCGACCGCCUGCCGCUGCACACGGACCAGCUGCUCAAGGUGACGGUGCUGUACCGAGUGUUCCUGCAGAUCUUCUUCACCAAUGUGCUGCUGAUGGGAGCGAGCGAGGCGGGCACAGCAAGCCGUCGCGACCAGACGCGGUUGCGACUGCUCACGCCUGCGCUCAAGGCCUUUGUCGCGACGCGCGCAUCCGAGGGCUACCUCACGCUCCUCGAGGCGUUUGGUGGACAGGGCUACAUGGAGGAGGUGGGUAUGGGCGAGAUCCUGCGCGACGCAACUGUCGAGCGCAUCUGGGAAGGCACGCCGGCCAUCCUCUCGCUCGACGUGCUUCGCGUGCUCGUCCAGUCCAACGGUCAAGCGCUCCAGGAGUUCUUCGAGGACACCACGGCCAUCCUCACCUCGCUGCCCGCACAGCUCGCGGCGCAGCUCAAGCCCGAGCUCGGCUUCCUCAGCAGCGUGAUCCGCGAGACCGCGGGCGUGCUCGGCAAGCUCGAUGUACAGCGCCACGUCAAGUCGGCCGAUCUGAGGUUUACGAGGUAUCUGCUCGAUCUCAUCAUGGCAGUACAUGCCUCGGCGCUACUGCUCCAGCAUACCGCAUGGAAGGCAAGUACGCUUGCGCAGGAUAGCAAGCUGCAGCACAUCGCAGCUGUGCAGGUCGACGAGCGCGAGAUCCAGCACGACGUCCACCUCGCCCGCCUCUGGAUCGGCGGCAAGGACGGCGCCGCCGGAUUCGCCGAUCUCGCCCGCCUUGUAGCCCAGCUCAAGGCCGCAGCUUCCUCCGACGCCAAGGUCGCCGCCCAGGACGUUGACUUGGGCCACGGCCUCGUCUAUUCCUGGUCCCAGGCACAACCCCAGGCUAAGAGCCAUCUGUAG